CAUACCAUCACCACACCCAGACCAACUCAACUCAACUCAUCACACACUGUCUGACUGAUACAACAGAGGUUGACACAUUGAGAAAAUAACAGAGAACUUCUUUGAGCAACCGAUAGAGAGAUGGGUCGAGCACCGUGCUGCGACAAGGCGACGGUGAAGAGGGGGCCAUGGUCACCGGAGGAGGACGCCAUGCUCAAGGCCUACAUUGAGGAGCACGGCACCGGGAACAACUGGAUUGCGCUGCCACACAAGAUUGGGCUGAAGAGAUGUGGCAAGAGCUGCAGGCUGAGGUGGCUAAACUACCUGAGGCCCAACAUAAAGCAUGGGGACUUCACCCCGGAGGAGGACAGCACAAUCUGCAGCCUCUACAUUAGCAUAGGGAGCAGGUGGUCAAUCAUAGCAGCACAGCUGCCAGGAAGGACUGACAACGAUGUCAAGAACUACUGGAACACCAAGCUCAAGAAGAGGCUCCUCGGCGGCCGCCGCAAGGGCCGGGGCACGCACCACCGACCCCAGAGCGAUGCCACCAACGCCGAGACGGAUGGCGGCGCCAACAACGACGGCGAGGAGCGGUCGCUCAGCGCGUCGGCGAUGGAGAGGAUCCAACUCUGUAUGCAGCUGCAGGAGAUGCAGAACCCUCUCGGCAUCAGCAGCCACCAGUACAACCCCUUGCAGCAGCAGAUGUGGCCUAAUAACCACCACCAGGUGCCCACACAGAGCAACAGCAGCGGUAGCAGCAGCCUCAAUGUAACAGUAGCUGCCGAGCAGGGACAGUCUAGCUCUAUGAACGACCAGUGCAACGGGUUUCGGCAGCUGGAGACCGCUGCUGUGGAUGACGGCCUGGCCUCUCCAUCGAGCCCCAAGAACUCAAAUGUCGUCACCAUCGAGGCAGAGCUUCAGGAGCUGCUCUACGGCACAACAUCGACGACAACGACCGACAGCGUCGCCGUCAGUCAGCAAGGGGGUGCGGACUGGUGGAGCUAUGAUCAGGACAGGUCAGCCGUGAAUUGUUGGGACUUCACCCCUGAAACCAGCUCGGUGUUCCAGGACUACACAUCUGUGUAUGACAUCUGAAAGUGUCAACAAUGCAAGUUGUGCAAGUAAAAUUAGGGGUGGGUAAUAGGGAUUUGUCUAGGCUUGGUUCUUGGUCUGUGGCAUCUAAAACAAACUGUAAGGAACUCUUGUAAGAAAUUUGUAGUAAGCUGUAAGGCAUGGACAAAUAAAGGUAUGUAAGAAUACCAGGUUCCAAGAAAUGAAUAUGCUUAAAUGGCACCA